AUGGUCGCCGAAGGUGUGCAAUUCGGAGCUUUCCGCGAUUACCAGGAGCAAGAGCUGCAGCAGCAAGGACAGCAGGAGCAAGGACGGCAGCAGCAAGGACAGCGGCAGCAAGAGCGGCAGCGACAUCAGCCAAUAGCCACCGCUGAGACCGCCACCGCCAGCCAACAGAAGUUGCCGGAGGCGGACGACAAGAAUGGCGACGAGGAGAAGAAGAGCUUGACGGACUCUCGUUUGGCGCUCGCUUGCAGUAGGGCCAUCGAAGUUCCCCAGAGCUCUCUUGGAACGAGCGCAGAGUCAAAAUUUGCGUUCUCACAGCCUCCAAGACACGCUCUCGCUCCGCCAAUGGUCACUGAUGCCUUCUUGGUCCACAGACGCUCAUGUCGCUUGCGCUGA